AUGGAUCGCGGCUGCUACAAUUGCGGUGAUUCUUCUCACCAGGCUCGCGACUGUCCCAAGCGCGGAACCCCAGUCUGCUACAACUGUGGAGGCGAGGGCCACGUUAGCCGAGAGUGCACAGCACCAGCAAAACCCAGACCAUGCUACAAAUGUGGUGAGGCUGGUCACAUGGCCCGUGAUUGCACCCAAAAUGCAGGAGCCCCUACUGGCUCCAGCAUGGUCGGCUCUGGCGCUGGCUGGGGUUCAGGUGGUGGUGGUGGCGGCGGCGGCUAUGGCGGCUCAGCUCGAGAGUGUUAUCGAUGCGGCGGCACAGGUCACAUUGCGAGGUAG